AGCUGCUGCAAUCUUUUAGCGAUUGCUGUUGUGUAGCGCACACACAUCUCCCCACACAAGACACACUGUGAGGUACAUGCUGCGGGCACACGCCGAGCCCGGACCCGGGGGCUUGUGGCUUCCCUCCUUGGAGAAGAUAUGGAUCUGAUCAAGUAGAACACUGGGAAUGCCCGGGAUCCGGUGAGAUCUGGAAGCUGAUACUUUGUAUUUUGUGGCAAAUUGAUCUCCCCCCUUCCUGCUUGGAUUGUGGAGGGGAGGACAGGCGUAGAAAAGGAAGAGAGAUCACUGGAGCCUUCACUGGUUACUAUGGAUUUUACUACCAGCUCAUGUGGGGAGAGCGAUCACAGACAGAUAGAGGAGAACAAGCCACUGCUGGGGGAGAUGUCUGCUCCAGAGGGGGGCAAGAUGGGUGCUGUGCCCUGUAGGAGAGCCAUGGUGCACCUCAAUGGGAUGAGGUAUAAACUGCUGCAAGAAGGAGACAUUCAGGUCUGUGUCAUAAGACAUCCCAGGACCUUCCUCAGCAAGAUUCUCACCUCCAAAUUCCUAAGGAGAUGGGAACCCCACCACCUGACCCUGGCAGACAACAGCCUGACCUCUGCUACACCUACAGGGUACAUGGAGAACAGCAUGCCAUACAGCGCCAUUGAGGAUGUCCAACUGCUGUCCUGGGAGAAUGCUCCAAAAUACUGUUUACAACUAACCUUUCCUGGGGGGACAGUCCUACUGCAGGCUGCAAACAGCUAUCUGAGAGACCAGUGGUUCCAUUCUUUGCAGUGGAAGAAAAAGAUCUACAAGUACAAAAAGGUUCUCAGUAACCCAAAUCGUUGGGAGGUUGUGUUGAAGGAGAUAAGGUCCUUGGUGGACAUGGCACUGACAUCCCCCCUGCAAGAUGACUCCAUCCAUCAAGCACCACUAGAAAUUGUCUCUAAGUUGCUAUCAGAGAAUAUUAACCUAACCACUCAGGAGCACGAAAGCAUCAUUGUGGCUAUUGCUCCUCUCUUGGAAAACAACCACCCUCCUCCUGAUCUCUGUGAAUUCUUCUGCAAGCACUGUAGAGAGCGCCCCCGUUCCAUGGUGGUCAUUGAGGUCUUUACUCCAGUUGUUCAAAGAAUCCUCAAACACAACAUGAUUUACUGGAUCUGUUUUACCGGCUUGGAUACCUCUCUCUAUCUGCUGGUGGAGGUUGGAAAACACCUGCAUUUGCAGGAUUUUGGGAAGUGUCCUCGGUUACGGCUGUUCACUCAGGAGUACAUUCUGGCACUGAACGAGCUUAAUGCAGGAAUGGAGGUAGUAAAGAAAUUCAUACACAGCAUGCACGGACCCACCGCAAACUGUCCACACCCGAGAGUCCUACCAAACUUGGUUGCCGUGUGCCUAGCUGCCAUUUACUCUUGCUAUGAAGAAUUUAUCAACAGCCGGGACAAUUCUCCAAGUCUUAAAGAAAUCCGAAAUGGCUGCCAGCAGCAGUGUGAUCGAAAACCCAAUAUUCCCUUACGGCUUCUCCAUACCAACCCGGACCUUGUCUCUCAAGAGGUGACAUCAGCAGAAUCUCGACACAAGGCAGUCAUUGUCACAUCAAAUGAGAUCCAUGUGGAGGUAGAGCGCAACAACACAGUUAAUCAGAAGCUAAAGGCCAACACUGGCAAUGACAGUGAGCCCAACUUGAUUGACUGUCUGCUCAUUAGCCCAGCUUGUAGCACCAUGAGUAUAGAACUGAGCCCACAAGCUGAACGAGUACUGGGAUGUUACGUGGAAAUCCUGAAAAUGCUGUCAGACUAUGAUGAUUGGCGGCCAGCCCUGGCAAGUUUGUUGCAACCCAUCCCGUUUCCCAAGGAAGCCCUUGCACAUGAAACCUUUACAAAGGAACUGAAAUACGUCAUUCAGAGAUUUGCAGAGGAUCCCAGGCAAGAGGUCCAUUCCUGUCUUUUAAGUGUCAGAGCUGGGAAAGAUGGCUGGUUUCAGUUGUACAGCCCUGGAGGGGUUGCAUGUGAUGACGAUGGUGAACUUUUUGCCAGUAUGGUACGUGUCUGCAAUAAUGUUCACAUUUUAAUGGGCUCAUGCUACAAGACAAAGAAAUUCCUUCUGUCAUUGGCUGAAAACAAACUGGGGCCAUGCAUGUUACUUGCCUUGCGAGGAAACCAGACCAUGGUUGAGAUUCUUUGUUUGAUGUUGGAAUACAACAUUAUAGAGAACAAUGACACACAGCUGCAGAUCAUCUCUACCCUGGAGAGCACAGAUGUAGGGAAGAAGAUGUACGAGCAGUUGUGUGACAGACAGCGGGAAUUGAAGGAGUUGCAAAGAAAAGGAGGACCCACUCGCCUAACACUGCCAUCCAAGUCUACGGAUGCCGACCUGGCCAGACUACUCAGCUCUGGCUCCUUUGGAAACCUAGAAAACCUCAGUCUGGCCUUCACCAAUGUAACAAGUGCCUGCGCUGAGCAACUUAUCAAGCUACCUUCUCUCAAACAGCUCAACCUGUGGUCAACUCAGUUCGGAGAUGCUGGACUGCGGGUUUUGUCCGAGCAUCUCACUGCGCUGCAAGUUCUCAACCUGUGUGAAACCCCUGUUACGGAUGCUGGGCUGCUGGCACUGAGCUCUAUGAAGAGCCUCUGCAGCUUAAAUAUGAACAGCACCAAACUGUCGGCAGACACGUAUGAGGAUCUGAAGGCAAAAUUGCCAAACCUUAAAGAGGUUGAUGUGCGCUAUACAGAAGCUUGGUGAUUCCCUGCUAUCUUUGAAGGACGUUUUCACUUUGGCUACCAGUCGAUACUAUAACAGAACUGUCGAGCAAGAAAUGUCUUGGACUACAAAUGUGUCUUUUUAAGUUUAGAGGUCAUUUUUAAUGUGGGGAGGAUGAACUCGUACAGAUUUAAAGAGAAUUUCAAGAUUAAUCUAAGUAAAAGAAAGACAAGACUUUGUAGCUGCAAGAUUAUACUGAGGAAACUAGAAGAAAACCUUUUGUGGAUUUUUUUUUAAAUUUUAUUUGCAUAUGUGUUCAUGCUGUGUGGGGGAAACAUUAAGAACGCAUAUGUUUUUUAUGUAUUUUAUUUUUUAUUCAGUUUGAUCGGAUGGACUCAGUUAGAAAAAAAAUCCUGCUUUGAUCUUUUGCUGCGUAACAAGAACUAGCAAGUUCCAAAGCGCAACAAGAAUGAUUGUCAUUAUCUUUGCACCUUUUUUCUUGCCCUGCAAAUUCAUAUUGUUGUAAAUAGGAUUUACGUCAUUCACCUAUUUAAAAAGAAUAUGGUUCACACUCAGCAGGUCUGGGACCUGCUUUUUAUUUAUAAAAUGUUAAUUUUUUUUUUUUUUUUUGCAGAUAGAACUGUACAAAGUAGUAUGUUGCUGUCUUGUUGACUGUGUUAUUAAUGUAUGUGUAUUGUUUUUGCUUUGAUUUCAGAAGAGGAAGCUUUCUUGAAUAAACCAUGGUUAAUGUACUGUGUAUUUGAUAGAACUAUAUAUAUAUUCCCUCAGCUACAUGCUGUGUUGAUAGCUUGGGAUACAGGAAAAAAAAAAAAAUCAUUGCACUUCUUGGUUAUUGGCUAUAAUUGUUUAACAUUGUGGCCCAUGUUAAUGCGUCUGUGCCCUCUGCUACAUCAUCUUUUUAAUGUACUUGUAUCCUGUUAUUUUUACCUUUUUUUAGUUGUUUUCUUUUGAUUACUUUAAAUGAUGAUGGUAAUGAUAAACAUUCAUAUGCAUGGUGGACUAAAGUCAGGAACCUCUCAAAUAUCAGAAUUUGAGAAAAAUUAGAAAGGGACAUUUCAGGAGAAAUGCUUCACUGCGUUCUGAAUAGUGCAGAGAUAGAAAAGGUACCGUAUUUUUCGUCAUAUAAGAUGCUCCGGCAUAUAAGACGCACCCAAUUUUAAAGGAGGAAAAUCUAGAAAAAAAAAAAAGAUUCUGAACCAAAUACAAUGUAAAGUAUAGGACAGUGAUCUUCAACCUGCAGACCUCCAGAUGUUGCAAAACUACAACUCCCAGCAUGCCCGGACAGCCGUUGGCUGUCCGGGCAUGCUGGGAGUUGUAGUUUUGCAACAUCUGGAGGUCCGCAGGUUGAAGAUUACUGGUAUAGGAGGUAAUACUCAUGUGUCCCCGCCACUCCGGACCCAUCACCGCUGCCCGCGUGCCCGGGGUGUCCCUAUCGCUCCGGAACGUUUCUGCUGCCCGUGAUCCUCGCUCUCAGUCGCCGCCAUCACCUCGCUACGCAAGCCGCUCCUAUUGGAUGACGGGACUGCGUGCGCGACGACGUGAUGACGACGAAGGAGAGCGCUGGCCAUGCAGGGGAUCCCGGCAUGGAGCAUUCAUUCGCUGAUCGGACACCGAGGAGGCAGGUAAGGUCCCUCCCGGUGUCCUGUAAGCUGUUCGGGAUGCUGCGAUUUCACCGCGGCGGUCCCGAACAACCCGACCGAGCAGCCGGGUUAGUUUCACUUUCGCUUCAGACGCGGUGGUCAGCUUUGAUCGCCGCGUCUGAAGGGUUAAUACAGGGCAUCACCGCAAUCGGUGAUGUCCUGUAUUAGCCGCGGGUCCCGGCCGUUGAUGGCCGCAGGGACCGUCGCGAUAGGACAGGGUUUUAAUGUGUAUGCGCCGUAUAAGACUCACCAACUUUCCCCCCCCCCCCAGUUUUGGGGAAGAAAAAAUGCGUCUUAUACGGCGAAAAAUACGGUUGUCUCCGACUUCUUUUUUUGAUCUUGAGUCACUGCCCCCUUUAAACCCUGCACUAGGUAGAACACUAGAUCAGUUUUUCUUGGAAUGUUCUUUAGAGUUAUGUGCAAGAUGGUGACUUUCAAAAUGGGUUGGUGUUGAGUAAGGAAACCUAUCGAUGACACCCACUCUUCAAACACCUUUUGGUAAUGUAGGAGAAUCCUGGCAUCCCCCCCCCCCCUUCGUAAACUACAAAAAGAACAUGUACAGAUGGACACUCUUGUGCUAGACUGGUGGCCAUAUGUCUUAGCGGUGCAAAUUUAUCAGCUUUUCUCCAACAUAGUGAGACACCCUGUAAGAUCUCCUCUGAAGUGGCUUCAAGCACUGGCAUUACCAUCUGUUGCUAAGCAAUGACCCAUUCAUAUUCUCGUAGCAAACAGCUAUUCAGUGGGGAGUGUGAAUGACUCACUAUAUAACAUUUCUACAGGAAACAUUUUGGAGAUAUUUGAGAAUCCUGACUUUUGACUCACCUUGUAUAUAUUCCCAUAAAGGAAAAAAAAAUGCCAAUUUUUUUUUUUUUUUUUUAAUGUAUUUUUUUUUUGUUAAAUCACUUCCCUUCGUACAUGCUGCAAGUUUCCAUACAGGCUGCUUCAUGUGUAUAAUAAACAUAAAAAUGCAGAUAUAUUUAUCUGUACACAUAUAUGCUGUGGUAACAGGGCACAUCUUGCAUACAAAAUAUCUAUACACUGUCUGAUUUUAUAUCUAUUAAGUUUAUGGUUAAUGUUUAUACUGUGAUACUUCCUGUAAAUUAUGUUGUUAUAUUGGAAAACUAAGGACGUCAUCACAGCUGACAUCCCUUUUAGUUCAUUUUUUUUCCAGUUUUAAUUUUUUUUUAAACUUACAAGCCUCUUGCUGUAGAUAAGGUCACUGCAGGCUAUGUCGGUGUGUAAUGGCCUGUCUUAAAGGAGCCUCAAAGAUUUAUUAUGAUAACAGAACUCUCGGUUGACUUGUAAUAUCCUUAUAAUGUUCAGUAGAGGUUAUGUAAUCCAAUGUAAUUAUCUCAGCUUGUAGCCUGUUGUAAAGGAUAUAUAGAAGGUGUUUUAUAUUCUCCGAGACAGACUUCUAGAAACCUGGAUUUACAAUUGGCUGAGGCCACUAUGCAAAGAGUGGCGGCAUGUAUAUUUCAUCCUGUUAUCAGGCUUACAGAAUUGUUCUUAAUUAUCUAUUAAUUUUGUUCUUGACAAGAAUUUUAUGGACGUUUUGGAGAAAAAAAAACAAGCUAUCAUUGGCUGAUGUUUAGUCCUAUACAAAUGUGAGGAUCUUAAUCAUGCAUGUAAAAUUGCAAGUCUCUUUCAAGGUAAAAAGAAAUGGAAUAUAUCAGUGAUAGAUUUGAGUGCUGCCUUCUCCCUGGCUAAAGAAUAUCGCCAAAGUGUGCUUUCUUUUAAAAUAAAAUGAAACUGUUGCCUUUGUUUUCA